UCAAUUGUUUUAUCCUGUUAUUUUCUAAAACCUAACUUGAAGCAUUCCUAUCUCGUUCUCUGAGGCGAAGCUAGGUUGCGACGUCGUUCCUCUUUCGCCGCGACGCGUCCUCACUCUCCGAUCCUCACUCGUCUCACCGUUCCUCGGCGUUCCUCUCUUGCCGUUCCCAUUCCUCACCGUUCAGAUCUGUAGCAGCCGGCAAAUUAGGGUUUCCUCUCGACACCGUCCUUCAAGGCUGCUGCCGCCGUCCGUCGGGAGCCGCCAACGCCGACCAGUCGCCGCCACGCCGUUCCUCUCCGUUAGGACCGAGUGCGUCUCGUUUUCCUCAAAUCCCUUCCCGAUUCUCCUCUCCUGGCAACAAGAGCAGCUUGCUGCUGCCUCACAUGCCUGCCUCCUGGUUGCUGCCAAUUUUUCGCACAUCAAGAGCUCAAGACAAUGUUCUCUGGGAUCAAAUUCAUUCCUAAAGAAAAGCUCCUUUCAGAAAAAUCUCAGUCAGACUCAGAUGAAUCUGGAGACAAAAAGAUCAAGAGGAUAGACAUAAGGAAGAGAAGACAAGAAUCAUCGGAUGAUUAUUCAUCAUCGUCUGAAGAUAAUGAGAGAAAAGGCAAGAUAAAGCGAAAACAAAGAAAGAGAAGUAGAGAAGUGAAAAAAAAGCGAAAGGAAAAAAGAUCUGCAGAGGAUGUUUCUAACAAUGAUAGCGAUAGAGACCUAUUUCGUCAGAACAAUGAAGAGAUUGUAAGGAAGGAAUUAGGGUUGGAUUGGAUGCUGAGAUCCACAGAUAAGAUGAUAGAGAAUAUUCAUGCACAUGAGAAGGAAGCAACUGAAGAGCAUGAAGCUGUUGAGGAGCAGAGAACACAUCCAAGGGAAUUGAAUCCCUAUCUGAAAGAAAAUGGCAGUGGGUAUCCAGAUGAUUCAAUGAUUUCAGAUAUUAGUGGCAAACCCUCUUCUUCAGCUGUGGGCGAUGGGGGAGCAAGCUGGAGGCUGAAAGCCUUAAAGCGUGCAAAAGAGCAGGCAGCACGUGAAGGACGAAAGCUCGAUAAGGUUGUUGAAGAACGAUGGGGUUCAUUGGGCCAAUUGACCGCCUCCGUGGCAGCUUCAAGGGCUGCCCCUUCUCAUGCUCAUUUGCAUGCUAUAAGAGACCGAAGGAAAGGCCCAAGUGAAUUUCCUGAAUCAGUUCUAUCUGAUAGAACUACAAGAAGCAUUCAACAGAUACAUGGAGAAUAUAAUGAUAUUUCUUCACGAAAUUCUGAAAUGAGAAGGCCUAAACAUGAUAAUUUGUCCUGGAAAAAACGUAGAAGUUCUAAUAUGUCAGCGGAGGACAAAUCCUUAAUAUCGUCAGCCAUAUCCGACUUAAAUAAAUUUGCAAAUGAUGGAAGCUUUAUGGAGAGAAUUUCUCAGCAUCAAAAUAAAUCUGCUGAUGUUUCUACAAAUUCCGCCGAUCCAAGUCCAAGGGAAAAUGAUCAAGUGGAGAAGAGAUUGCAGUCUUUGAAAGAAGAAGUUUAUGAAGAAAAAUCCUUACAGUCACAGACACCAGUGCUGAGUGCAAACCAACUGGCAGCAAAGGUUUUACAGCUUCGUAUGAAAGGAAAGCAUGAGGAGGCUGAGAAAUUGGUGAAAGAGAUGGAAGCUAUGGUUGAGAAAGCAGAUGCUGACACUAAGGCAGUUAGAUUGGAAACACAAGGAAGCAAAGACAGAUAUGUAAUGAAGCAAACAUCUAGGAAACACAUGAGGAGAGAAGACGAUGCUGAUUUACAUCUUGCGCAGACAAUAAUGCAGAACAAAAAAUACAGCUUGGGUGAAGAGGAUGAGUAUGGUUUUGAUGUCGCUCCUAGCAAAAAAAAUAAUAAAAGGAAAAAGGAUGUGGCUGAGGACAGAAAUUUUUCAAAACGACUAUUGACUCAACAAGAGCGUUGUCAAUUUUGUUUUGAAAACCCAUCAAGACCAAAACAUCUUGUUGUGUCAAUUGCAAAUUUUACUUACUUGAUGCUACCUCAGCGACAACCUAUUGUUGAAGGGCAUUGCUGCAUUUUGCCAAUGCAGCAUGAAGCUGCAACAAGAUCUGUAGAUAUAAAUGUUGGGGACGAGAUCCGUAAUUUCAAGAAGUGCUUAGUGAAGAUGUUUGCCAGUCAAGACAAGGAUGUAUUAUUUCUCGAAACUGUUGUUCAAUUGUCAAAGCAGCGCCGCCACUGCUUGCUCGAGUGCAUUCCUAUACCCUCCGAGCGUGCUGAAGAAGCACCUAUGUAUUUCAGAAAGGCACUCGAAGAAGCGGAGGAAGAGUGGGGUCAGCAUGAAAUGAAAAAGGUCAUCCCAACAAAGGGGAAUCUGCGGCAAGUUAUCCCUGAGAAUUUUUCUUAUUUCCACGUCGAAUUCGGCCUAGACAAGGGUUUCGUUCAUGUCAUCGACAAAGACAGCAACUUCGAGAGCGGUUUUGGUUUGAACGUCGUCAGAGGCCUACUACGGCUCCCAGAGGAAGACAUGUAUCGGAGUAGAAGACACGAAUCUACUGACAAACAGCAGCAGGCAGUGGCUAGAUUUGCACGAGAUUGGCAACGCUUCGAUUGGACAAGAGAACUGGAAUGACCGAAACUAGCGGGUUUCUUUCGUCAAAUUCCUUCAGUUUCCCUAGACUCAAUCCCCGCCCAUCCAGUUUUGAAUCUCCAUGUCUUCCCAUUGCUGAAGGUUGUGGUUCAGCUCUAUACUUUAUAGCUAGAUUGCUGUGUGUUCGGCAAGGAUAAUGUUGUAAAGUAGCACUAGUCACAACAAUGGUGUGAAUUUGAUUUCGAAAAAUUGUCAUGGCUUUAAUCCUUAAAGCCAAGCAGUGUUGUUUAAUCAUUGCCCAACUUGUUAGUUAUAAGGGCAUCUAUAUAGGUUUGAACGUUAAUAUUUAUCAUCUCUUUAAAUAACAUGUCACACAUCUUUAUAUUAA